GCAGCCGUGAGGCGGCACAUCUGCAUAAUGACCAGAUCAAACGCGCCUGUCUGUCUGAAUGUUGAGCGUCCAGCAGACAGAAGGCUGCCCAGAGAUCUGGGCCAGUUUAGACUGGACUUUGAAAUGUUUUUGUUUUUCUCCCUCGUCCUCUCAGAGGGUCGCUCACCUUUUGACGUACAAACUGACCGCUGUGUUAACAGUCCAGCCGUCCUGUCCAAGGCUGGGGUCAGUUAGUGUGAAUGUUGUGUCAGAGCUGAAGAUCAGUGGCACUGACUGCAGCGUUGAGCCACCAAAUGAGCUGAACUCCUGUUACUGCUGCCUUCAGUUCGGCGGAGAGUUAUGGCCCCUGUUCUUACACCGUGGUCAGUGUCUCUUAUGGCGUGCGCUGGCCGUGCUAUGACACUGUCACUGUGGAGGCACCGCUAUGCACAGGACUAAGUCAGAUGUUCUGAUGAUGAAGAGCAGGGGGGCUGGACCUGUGGGCGGAGCCUGUUUGCAGAAUGGUGACUCGUCUCCCUGCAGUAGCCACACCUCCUCCCUAAAGGUGGAUCCAGAGGAGGAAAGCCUGGAGGAUGUUCUUUCGGAGCUGGAGGCAGGGCCUGGGCUGGGGGUGGAGCCAGAGCUGGAUGCUGAUGCAGGAUUGGAGGAGAACAGUAGCAGCAGUGUGACGGACUGCCACAGCCCCGCCCCCACAGCCAGCUCUACAGAUGUGUCUCAGACGUCUCCUUCGUCCCUUUCGGAGCAGCUCAUGUUAGGUCGAGAUGAAGCUGCUGGGAUAAAUGUGGAAUGUCGAAUUUGUGGAGACAGAGCUUCAGGAUUUCAUUAUGGAGUUCAUGCAUGUGAAGGCUGCAAGGGAUUUUUCCGGCGGACGGUGCGAAUGAAGCUGGAGUAUGAGAAGUGUGAGCGGAGCUGUAAGAUUCAGAAGAAGAGCCGUAAUAAGUGCCAAUAUUGUCGCUUCCAGAAGUGCGUGAUGCUGGGAAUGUCUCAUGACGCAAUCCGGUAUGGCCGUAUGCCGGAGGCUGAGAAGCGGAAGCUGGUGGCCGGUUUGUUGGCCGGGGAGACCACCAGCUCUCAGACCUCGGGCAGCUCCAACCUUAAAACACUCGCAAAGCGUGUCAACACUGCCUACCUGAAGAACCUCAACAUGACCAAGAAAAAGGCUCGCAGCAUCCUGACGGGCAGGACCACUUCCAGCCCGCCAUUCGUGAUUUAUGAUAUGGACUCGCUGUGGCAGGCUGAGAAUGGCCUGGUAUGGAACCAGCUGGUGAACGGUGCUCCACCCCAUAAGGAGAUCGGAGUGCAUGUGUUUUAUCGGUGUCAGUGCACCACAGUGGAGACGGUCCGGGAACUCACCGAAUUCUCCAAAUGCAUCCCAGGAUUCGUCGACCUCUACCUCAAUGACCAGGUGACGCUGUUGAAGUACGGGGUGCACGAGGCGAUCUUUGCCAUGUUGCCGUCUCUGAUGAACAAGGACGGGCUGCUGGUGGCUAACGGUCGCUGCUUCGUCACGCGGGAGUUCCUGCGGAGUUUAAGGAAACCCUUCAGCGACAUCAUGGAGCCGAAGUUCGAGUUUGCUGUGAAGUUUAACGCGCUGGAGCUGGACGACAGUGACCUCGCGCUGUUCGUUGCCGCCAUCAUCCUGUGUGGAGACCGGCCCGGCCUGAUGAACGUGAGGCAGGUGGAGGAGAUCCAGGACAACAUCCUGCAGGCACUGAACCAGCACCUCCAGACCACGCACCCCGACAACACCUACAUCUUCCCCAAGCUGCUGCAGAAGAUGGCUGACCUGCGGCAGCUGGUGACCGAAAACGCACAGCUGGUCCAGACCAUCAAAAAGACGGAGUCGGAGACGUCGCUGCACCCGCUGCUCCAGGAGAUCUACAGAGACAUGUACUGACGGUCCGACGCUCCGAAGGACUCCAACCGAAGAGGCCGAGAGCCAACCUGGGUCACCACGCUGACCGGCGGCCGGACAGACCUUAAAACCCCGAAACCAAGAUUUCUAUUUUCGCUUUUGGAUGAAAGUCAUUAUUUUUGUAAACUGUUUGUAUUCUGACGUCUGAGCGGGGCUCCGCCCACUUCCGAGCCUUCCUCCACAGCCUUUACGCAUCUAUGCAUCUUUAAGCGCGAGCUGUGCUUAGUGCUACCUUAGCUUAGCUUAGCAUAACUUAUCUUAGCUUAGCAUAGCAUAACUUAUCUUAGCUUAGCAUAACUUAGCUUAGCAUAACUUAUCUUAUCUUAGCAUAACUUAUCUUAGUUUAGCAUAACUUAUCUUAGCUUAGCAUAGCAUAACCUAUUUUAGCUUAGCAUAACUUAGCUUAGCUUAGCUUAUGUUAUUUUUACUUAUCUUAGCUUCGCAAAUCACAGCUUACACUCUUCGAGUAAAGAUGCUGGACAAGAACCGCUAAAGUUCCCUGAAGAACCUGUGCCUGUGAAGAACCUUUUAAAGGUGUAAAGUUUAUGGGUUCAUUUAAGCUGCAAAAAAUCUAUGCAAGCGGAAACAUCUUAGACGUGGUCAGUACAGCGGCUACGUCUGGUUUAGAGGUUGGUGUAGGAAUAUCAUACGAUUAUUUCUGUUUUUACUCUUUUUAUUGGUUUUAAGCAGUUUUAAAUAUGAAGAGUGUCUCAUUGCGUUGAUAUAAUAAGCACAAACAAUUCAGUAAAAUGACCUUUUAAUUGUGUAAAACACGUUUACCAGAAAAACGACUGAAAACAAGUGAACGGUGCCUAAAAACAGGUUAAAUGAUCUCGUGGUGCUCUUACAGUGAGGAACAUUAGACAUUGACUGGAUUUAAGAUGUUUUCUAUUGUUUAGAUGUCAUUUUUGCAGUUUGCAGAAACGGUUCUCUUAAGAACCCUCCAUUGAAAGGUUCUUUAAGGAUGGCACCGUGUGAAGAGCCUUUCUGGCCGCUUUGUUUCGAAGACUAGCUGCUCUUCCUCUGCAGGUCGUGGACCAGCUUAGCGUCAUGCGGCUCACGAUCCUCAGGAAAUCGGAACAGUUUAGCUUAGCGCUGCGUCGUCUGCCGAACGAGGCAGUUUGAUCAACGUUCUAGAUAGCAGCGCACUGUGAGAACUCAAAGCAAUAAUGUGGGAAACCUCAGAGCUUUGGCUGUAUUAGCUCUGCUAGAUAGCUUAGCCUCUCUGUGUCUCUCCAGCUAAUAACGCGACAUGAACGUUCCUGUCCUCGCGCUGCGCUGUGCUAGCCUGUGGCGCUCAGGUCCAGUGGUGUGGAGAACCGAGUGACGCAGGAACUUCCUCUUUGCCAAAAUGCAUUUAAUGGACAGAUUGUUACAACUAAAUAACCUCAGAUUGUU